AGCGGGGUAGAGCCGGCUCCAGAGGCGCGGCGGCCGCGGGAGGAGCAGGCGCGGAGCAGCGAGCGCAGGCCGCGCCGGCCCGACGGGAGCAGCGCCGGGCGCGGGCCGCCUCCUCCGAGCCGCCCGAGCGCGGCCCGCGUCCCUUGGCCGCCGCCGGCGGGGCAUGAGCGCGGAGGGGCCGCGGCCGCCCCCCGCGCCGCCCAGGCCGUGACCGGGCGGGGGGCGGCUGCACUAGCGCCCGCGGCCCCGGGGCUCGCGGAGCCCGGAGCGGCAACCAUGGACUGCAGCCUAUUGAGGACGCUCGUGCGCAGAUACUGUGCAGGAGAAGAGAACUGGGUGGACAGUCGGACCAUCUACGUGGGACACAAGGAGCCCCCGCCGGGUGCAGAGGCCUACAUUCCGCAGAGAUACCCCGACAACAGGAUCGUCUCCUCCAAGUACACCUUUUGGAACUUCAUACCCAAGAACUUAUUUGAACAGUUCAGAAGAAUAGCCAACUUUUAUUUUCUCAUCAUCUUCCUGGUGCAGUUGAUCAUUGACACGCCCACAAGUCCAGUGACGAGCGGGCUCCCACUUUUCUUCGUCAUCACUGUCACGGCCAUCAAGCAGGGUUAUGAAGACUGGCUUCGCCACAAGGCAGACAACGCCAUGAACCAGUGUCCCGUGCACUUCAUUCAGCAUGGCAAGCUGGUCCGGAAGCAGAGCCGGAAGCUGAGAGUUGGGGACAUUGUCAUGGUGAAGGAAGAUGAGACCUUUCCCUGUGACCUGAUCUUUCUCUCCAGCAACCGGCCGGAUGGGACGUGCCACGUCACCACAGCCAGCUUAGAUGGAGAGUCGAGCCAUAAAACUCACUACGCAGUUCAGGACACCAAGGGCUUCCACACAGAGGAGGACGUUGACGGGUUGCACGCCACCAUCGAGUGUGAACAGCCGCAGCCCGACCUCUACAAGUUUGUGGGGCGCAUCAAUGUUUACAAUGACCGGAACGACCCUGUGGUGAGGCCGUUAGGAUCAGAAAACCUGCUUCUCCGAGGAGCCACACUCAAAAACACCGAGAAGAUCUUUGGUGUGGCUAUCUACACAGGCAUGGAGACCAAGAUGGCCCUGAACUAUCAGUCCAAGUCCCAAAAGAGAUCUGCUGUGGAAAAGUCAAUGAACGCAUUCCUGAUCGUGUACCUCUGCAUCCUGGUGAGCAAGGCCCUGAUCAACACGGUGCUCAAGUAUGUGUGGCAGAGCGAGCCCUUCCGAGACGAGCCAUGGUACAACCAGAAGACAGAGUCAGAGCGCCAGAGGAAUCUGUUUCUCAGGGCCUUCACUGACUUCCUGGCCUUCAUGGUCCUCUUCAAUUACAUCAUCCCGGUGUCCAUGUAUGUCACAGUGGAGAUGCAGAAGUUCCUUGGCUCCUACUUCAUCACGUGGGAUGAAGACAUGUUUGAUGAGGAAAUGGGAGAAGGACCACUGGUCAACACAUCUGAUCUAAAUGAGGAGCUGGGACAGGUGGAGUACAUCUUCACAGACAAGACGGGCACACUCACAGAGAACAACAUGGCCUUCAAGGAGUGCUGCAUCGGGGGCCACGUCUACACACCCCACGUCGUCUGCAAUGGGCAGGUCCUUCCGGACUCCUCUGGCAUCGACAUGAUCGACUCGUCCCCCGACGUCAGCGGAAGGGAACGGGAGGAGCUGUUUUUCAGGGCUAUCUGCCUGUGCCACACCGUUCAGGUGAAGGAUGAUGACUGUGGGGAUGAUGUUGAUGGUCCUCGGAAAUCUCCAGACUCCAAGUCCUGUGUGUACAUAUCUUCCUCUCCCGACGAGGUCGCCCUGGUUGAGGGCGUACAGCGGCUCGGUUUCACAUACCUGAGACUGAAGGACAAUUACAUGGAAAUCCUUAACCGGGAGAAUGACGUGGAGAGAUUUGAACUGCUAGAAGUCCUGAGCUUUGACUCUGUGCGGAGAAGAAUGAGUGUGAUAGUGAAAUCCGCUACAGGAGAAAUUUAUCUAUUUUGCAAAGGAGCAGAUUCUUCAAUAUUUCCCCGAGUGAUAGAAGGCAAAGUGGACCAGGUCCGGUCCAGAGUCGAGCGCAAUGCAGUGGAAGGGUUGCGAACCCUGUGUGUUGCCUACAAGAGGCUCGAGCCGGAAGAAUAUGAAGUUGUUUGCAAGCUGCUGCAGGCUGCCAAAGUGGCACUUCAAGAUCGGGAGAAGAAACUAGCAGAAGCCUACGAGCAGAUCGAGAAGGACCUCAUUCUGCUUGGUGCUACAGCUGUUGAGGACCGGCUUCAGGAGAAAGCUGCUGACACGAUUGAGGCACUGCAGAAGGCAGGUAUCAAGGUGUGGGUGCUCACCGGGGACAAGAUGGAGACGGCCUCAGCCACCUGCUAUGCCUGCAAGCUGUUCCGCAGGAGCACGCAGCUGCUGGAGCUGACCACCAAGAGGCUGGAGGAGCAGAGCCUGCAUGAUGUCCUCUUCGAGCUGAGCAAGACAGUACUGCGCUGCAGUGGGAGCCUGACCAGAGACUCCUUCUCGGGACUUUCCACAGAUAUGCACGACUAUGGGUUGAUCAUCGAUGGAGCAGCGCUGUCCCUGAUCAUGAAGCCCCGGGAGGAUGGGAGCUCCUCGGGCAACUACAGAGAGCUCUUCCUGGAGAUCUGCAGGAACUGCAGCGCUGUGCUCUGCUGCCGAAUGGCACCCUUGCAGAAGGCCCAGAUUGUUAAGUUAAUCAAAUUUUCAAAGGAGCACCCUAUUACCUUAGCAAUCGGUGAUGGUGCAAAUGAUGUCAGUAUGAUUCUAGAGGCCCACGUGGGCAUAGGCGUCAUUGGGAAGGAGGGUCGCCAAGCUGCAAGGAACAGCGACUAUGCAAUACCCAAGUUCAAGCACUUGAAGAAGAUGCUUCUUGUUCACGGGCAUUUUUACUACAUCAGGAUAUCUGAGCUUGUGCAAUACUUCUUUUAUAAGAAUGUCUGCUUCAUUUUCCCUCAGUUUUUGUACCAGUUCUUCUGCGGAUUUUCACAGCAGACUUUGUACGAUACUGCGUAUCUGACUCUCUACAACAUCAGCUUCACCUCCCUCCCAAUUCUCCUGUACAGCCUCAUGGAGCAGCACGUGGGCAUUGAAGUGCUCAAGAGAGACCCAUCCCUUUACAGAGACAUCGCCAAGAAUGCACUGCUCCGCUGGCGGGUGUUCAUUUACUGGACGUUCCUCGGCGUAUUUGACGCUUUGGUAUUUUUCUUUGGUGCUUAUUUCAUGUUUGAAAACACAACCGUGACCAGCAACGGACAGAUGUUUGGAAACUGGACCUUCGGGACACUGGUGUUCACUGUGAUGGUAUUCACCGUCACGCUGAAGCUGGCGCUGGACACACACUACUGGACUUGGAUAAACCACUUUGUCAUCUGGGGGUCACUGCUGUUCUACGUCGUCUUCUCCCUGCUCUGGGGGGGGAUUAUCUGGCCGUUCCUCAGCUAUCAGCGGAUGUACUAUGUAUUCAUACACAUGCUGUCCAGUGGGCCUGCCUGGCUGGGCAUCACUCUUCUGGUCACUGUCAGCCUCCUUCCCGAUGUCCUCAAGAAGGUCUUGUGCAGACAGCUGUGGCCCACGGCGACGGAGAAGACUCAGAGCAUACAACUUCGGGACAGCGUUUCAGAAUUCACCCCUCUGGCCUCUUCGCAGAGCUGGGGUGCUCAGGGCACCAGACCCUUGGCUGCCCAAUGCAGCUCCCCCUCUGGGAGAGUAGUGUGCUCGAGGUGGGAGAGCGAAAAGUACGCUGUGCUCCCUCCCCUCAGCACGAGGUAUGGGUGCUGUAGGUCCAGCCUGGAAACACCCACUUGACGGACAGACAGCCCCUCUGUCCCGGCCUCUGAGAGCUGUGUCUGGGGUGCCUGCGCCUGUCCCUCCUUGAGGGUAGGAUCCCAGGCCACUAACUCAGGCACAGCACACUGCAAUCUGGAGCGUGCGCGACAGACAUCGUUGUUGCAGGCCUGGUGACCACAUGUCCAGCUGGGCUAUGGGAAAGGACACUAAGCCUGGUCUCCUCUUAAGCAUUGUGGCUGUGAGGCUGGCCUUGCCAGGCCCAAGCAUCUACCCUUCUGCUGUUGUCGUCCUCUGCUGUCACCCGAGGAGAAGACCCUGUCCCUUUGUCCACAGCCUGGUGCAGAGCACAUAGGCUUGGCUCCUGUUGCCUCCUGAUGUUCCUGACCACGUGUUUCCUUUGUAAACCAUCCACACUUCCCACUAGGGAAGCGGCUGUUUCAGACACCAAGUGUGUGUGUCUCCUGGACCUGUGGCCUUGCUGUGCUCAUGUUCACUGUCCCCUCACAAAGCCAUUUCCCUAGACCAUGUGUGAGUCUGUUUGCUGAGAUACUGACCCUGCACAUCAGAGUUUUGAAGGUGUCAGUGUCCCCUUCCUGUCAUCGGCUGCCUGUGGAAGAUGACGUUUAUGUAUGUGAAUAAGUCACACUGUUGGCCAAGUCUCUCCGGAGUGUAGUGAUCUCCACCACAUCCUAGAAUGAUGUCAGUUUACCUUAUUGGAAAACAUUUGUUCCAGAGGUGCUGGAGAAGGUGGAGGUUUGGGGCAUCCAGGCAGGUAUUUAUCUCACCCAGGUGAGCCCCACACCAAGAGUUAUCUGGGCUGUGGUGGACUCAUCCGUUCUAGUCUGCUGCUCAGCCUGCCUCCCACUGGUGCCACAAAUUCCAUUCAGGACUUUACUUUGAGUGGACAGGCCAUCAGGAGGCCGCUGUACUGUGAAUCCCUGCGGCUUCCCACACUGGCAUUUCUGUUUCUAGCAGAGCGUUCGACAGCUGUAAGGGACCUAACUUAGAGAAGAUGUAGCAGUGAGAUGCAGCCUUGCAGAAGGUGCCAGCCAGAGCCUGGGAGAAAGCCAUCACCAUCCCUGUGGAGCCAUGUGGUAGGCCUGGAGCCACAUCGAGGGUCUCGGGCACGUGAAAGCCUCUAUAUCCUGGGAAGCACAAAUUUUGUAACAUGAUUACACAAGGUUUCCUUAUGAACUGUGCUUGAACUGGAGGACCAGCCGAGGGCAGGAGCAGUUAUUAGACCUGGCAGUGGGGGAGGUUGGGUAACAUAAACACCACACCAAAGAGAGGGGGAGUGGCCUUGAGCACGAACAGACGGUGUGCAGCUCUGCUAAAGGCUGUCUGUGCCUCCACACACCCUCAUGCCCAUUCCCCCACCUGCAUCGCCAUGUGUCAGCCCAGGACCGGAGCCCCUGUCCACACUAGCCCUUAAAUAGUGGUGUGUGCAUUUUUACAGCCCUUUUUAAGAACCCAGUACGGGUACAAAUAUACCUGUGGGAGGGGCAGAUUCUCUGUGUGUUUAGUUAACAAAUUAUUUGUAAUGUAUUUUUUAGGGAUCUUAAAAUUGCCUUUGCACUGAAGUAUUUUCAUAGCUGUUUCUAUACCUCUUACUCAUUUGUUGAUGUACCUUCUGAUUUUUCAGUAUGUUUUUAGAGCUUUCACUUAUUAAGUUUAAGAAUUUUGGCCACUUUAAAUGCUGGUGAGCGUUCCGGCUGAAGCGUUUUAGUAUCUGACAGUGAGCUUUGGUUCUCCUCUGUGCCUCUUUGUUCCUUGGUGUUUCUGGAGACUGACCGGCUGAAGGGCAUGCCGAGGGCAAAACCAUCUUCUCUUCUUGUUUUGUCACAGUCCUUUGUAAUUUCAUGGUUUCUAUUUUGUUUUUGUUUUUGUUUUAUUUCCAUCCUUCAGCCUUAAACACAGAAUAUUCUUCCUUCAGGCUGCACAUUCUGCAGCCCUUUCUGGGUGUGGGGACUCUCUUACACUCCCCUUCCAGAAGCCGAAGUUUACAUAGGAACGCCCCAGACUUUAUGCACACUCCAAUGUCUUUUAAAAUUAUCCUUAGGAAAUUAGCAAAUGAAGUUGCCUAAGAAUUUGAAAUAGACAAGGGUGCAGGUGAAAUGGAGAGACGGAGACCAAAUGUGAGCAAGUAACUUCAACCCAAAUUAAGCAAUUUUUUUCUUAAUUGCAUUGAACAUGAAAACAUCUGUGACUUACUACAUUGGCCAGAAUUCAUGGCUCUGUCCCCUGCAAGCAAUCUGUCUCACAUAUAUACCAGGAGGCCUGGCUGGACAUGUGUUCUCUUACUUUCUGAUCCACAUACACACUCAUGGCCAUGUACAGGCACGUAUAAACAUGUACACAUAUGUGUACAUACAAACACACAUGUGCAUUCUCCUAGCCCAUGUAGCAGCCUCCUUUCUGACAGCCCUGUGCAGAGAUACAAAGAUGUUGCCCUCUGGGGCAUUCGGGUCCUUUCACACAUACACAUACACACACACACACACACACACACACACACACACCCUAAAAAGGGGUGCUUGGGCUUGGCUCCCAUGUGGGUUGUGUGGAUGACAUUGCAGUGCUGGACUGAGCUCUUCCUCUCCUAGGGAAGUGUGCUUCUCAGUCAGGACCUCCCCUUCCUCCCUCAGCAAGCAGGAUCCAGGCUAACCAAAGCUGCAUGCCAUCCUGAGCACAGGUGCCUACUGCUGCCGCAUCCUAGCUAGGAAAACAUUGUUCCCGAAUCCCAGCAAUCCAUUCCUGAGUGCAAGCAGACCAAAGCCCCCAUCCACGGAGCUCCUGGACGGGAGGAUGGCUCAGCUGAGGCUAGAACAGGGUAGCUUUGAGUGUCCUUACUGAGCACAUGUCCCAGGAUCAGCUGCCGAAUGUCUUGAGUGUGCCAUCAUGGUCACCCAAGCCGCUGAGCAUCAGCCAGGUGUCUGGUGGUCCGGAGGAAGCUCCAGCCUGGGCCUCUGAACCCCCACGUUCAAGGUGUGUCUGCGCUGACUGGUACUGGACUCACUCAUCCACAUUUAUGUCACCUUGGCAUAAUUCAUUGGCAAUGCCACAGAGCAGCAGGCCCUUGUGUUCUGCAUUUCUUUUGGAAGUUGCCCAUGACUGAAAAAAACAGGAAAUGUCACCUGGCGAAUGCAAUCUUUCUGUUUGAAAAGUUAGACAGGUGACUGGAAAUGAGAGUGGUUCUAAUAUUGCUCUGAACGAAGCUUUAAUAAAGAUAUGUAUGUUGGAAGUAUUACAAAAGUGUGAUUCUAAUUUUGCAGAAAAAUGUCUAUCAAUUUAUAUAGCUUUAUUUUUACCUUAUCAGGAGAUACAGAAUUUUAAUAUGCAUAUAUUGUCUGACUUAAAAUCAUGUGUGUCUGCAUUACCACUUACAAUGUCCAUCUACUAUGUAAUGUAUGAAUAAGAGAGAAUCAAAGAUGUAUUUAACAUGAAUGGUUAUCUGUAGCUGUCAUUGUCAUCAGUACUGGGAUUUAUUUUAAAUUGUCAAGUAUAGUAAGUACAUUAAACAUGUCAUUCUCCAACACGAAUGUUUAACUGAGAGUCCAGUGACUUGUUUUGAAAAACUAAGUUGUGAAUUAAACCGGAUAACAUCUCGUGAG